ACAGAAACUACACUAACUACGCCAACUACACCAACUACAGCUGCUACACGAACUACACCAACUACACCAACCACACUAACUACAGCAACUACACCUACUACAGCUACUACAGUAACUACACCGACUACAGCAACUACAGCAACUACACCAACUACACUAACUACAGCAACUACACCUACUACAGCUACUACACCAACUACACCAACUAAUGCAACUACACUGACUACACCAACUACAGCAACUACAGUAACUACACCAACUACAGCAACUACACCAAAUACUCCAACUAUUUCUGCUACACCAACCACAGUAACUACACGAACUACACUAACUACACCAACUACAGCAACUACAGCAACUACAGCUACUACACCUACUACAGCUACUACAGUAACUACACCAACUACACUAACUACAGCAACUACACUAACUACACCAACUACACCAACUACAGCUACUACAGCAACUACAGCUACUACACCAACUACACCAACUACACUAACUACAGCAACUACACUAACUACAGCUACUACACCAACUACACCAACUACAGCAACUACAGUAGCUACACCAACUACACCAACUACAGCUACUACACCAACUACAGCAACUACAGCUACUACAACAACUACAGCAACUACACUAACUACACCAACUACACCAACUACAGCAACCACACUAACUACACCAACUACAGCUACUACACCAACUACAGCAACUACAGUAACUACAUCAACUACAGCAACUACACCAACUACAUUAACUACACCAACUACAGCAACUACACCAACUACACCAACUACACCAACUACACCAACUACAGUAACUACAGUAACUACAGCAACAACAUCAACUACAGCUACUACACCAACUACAGCUACUACACUAACUACACCAACUACACCAACUACACCAACUACACCAACUACGGCUACUACACCAACUACACCUACUACAUCUACUAUACCAACUACACCAACUACACCAACUACACCAACUACAUUAACUACACCAACUACACCAACUACACCAACUACAGCAGCUACAGCUACUACACCAACUACAGUAACUACAGCAAUAACAUCAACUGCAGCUACUACACCAACUAUAGCUACUACACUAACUACACCAACUACACCAACUACAGCAACUACACCAACUACGGCUACUACACCAACUACACCUACUACAUCUACUACACCAACUACACCAACUACACCAACUACACCAACUACAUUAACUACGCCAACUACACCAACUACACCAACUACACCAACUACACCAACUACAGCAGCUACAGCUACUACACCAACUACAGUAACUACAGCAAUUACAUCAACUACAGCUACUACACCAACUACAGCUACUACACAUACUACACCAACUACAUAUACUACACCAACUACACAUACUACACCAACUACACAAACUACACCAACUACAUAUACUACACCAACUACACAUACUACACCAACUACACUAACUACACCAACUACGCAAGGUACACCAACUACACAUGCUACACUAACUUCACAUACUACACCAACUACAUAUACUACAUCAACUACAUAUGAUAUACUAACUACACCAACUACAGCUACUGCACCAACUACACCAACUACACUAACUACAGCAACUACACCAACUACACCAACUACACUACUUACAGCAACUACACCUACUACAGCUACUACACCAACUACAGCAACUACAGCAUCUACAAUAACUACAGCAACUACAGGAACUACAGUAACUACACCAACCACAGUAACUACACGAACUAUACUAACUACACCAACUACAGCAACUACAGUAAGUACGCCAACUACAGGUACUACACCAACUACAGCAACUACACCAACUACAGCUACUACACCUACUACAGCUACUACAGUAACUACACCUACUACACUAACUACAGCAACUACACUAACUACACCAACUACACCAACUACAGCUACU